AUGGAUGAGAUACGCAAGAUCCCGCCAGUGACGCGGUACAUGCUGGGUGCAACGGCUGCCAUCACGUUGCCCUGCUUGCUCGUGAUUACGUCGCCUUACCGCUUUGCACUCUUCUGGCCGCUCGUCAUACGCAAGUUCCACAUUCAUCGCAUCUUUACCUCGUUCUUCUACGGAGGUGGUGGGCUGAAACUUCUGUUUGAUGUCUUCUUGCUCUAUCGCAAUAGCUCGGAUCUCGAACUGAACCAUUUUGGUCGUCGUACUGCCGACUACACUUGGUCUUUGCUCGUCAUGGGUGUCGUCAUCCUUGCAACCAACUACCCGUUGGGAUCGCCCAUCUACUUCGGACCUCUGCUGAAUGCACUCAUCUACGUCUGGGCUAGAGCCAAUCCGACGAGCAGCGUGAGUUUCUUCGGUAUGGUCAACUGUCCAAGUCGAUGGUUGCCGUAUGUAUAUUUGGGAUUGGAUCUCCUGCAAGGCGGGCCUGGCUCGGCGAUCACAAAUGCCACAGGGCUGUUGGCGGGGUACGCAUAUUGGAUGUUGGAUCAGGUGCUUCCUGCUCAGCGUGGUGGCGGAGGCAGAGGUGGCGGAAGGGGUGGAAGCUACAUCCCAACGCCUGCCUUCCUGGAGACAAUAUUACCGGAUUCGCUCGAUCCCAGUCUGCAAGGUCAGAACAUGGGCAUUAGAAACGCUAGGCGUGUUGCUGGGGGAAUAGUAUGGAAUGCUGCGCGCGAUCGUGGUCAUAGACUUUCCGAACGCUCUUCAAGCGCGACGCCUAGGCCGACGAGCAUCGCCUCGGCUCUCGGUGCAGGUGCGCGUUCGACGCUCAACUCGCUCAACCCGUUCCGCGGCAGUGCAGGUACAGCAUCUCGCACCAACACAGGUCCAAGCAGGCAAGACCUGCUGGCAGCGGCAGAGCGUCGUCUACGCGCCUCGCAGGCGUCGUCCAUUGUCGGCCGCAACGCGUCGGAACGCGCAUCUAAACCGGCAGGCUCAAACACUCCCGGCACCACAAGCGUCAACCCUCGGCCCGCCGCCGAACGCACAAGCAACUUGAGGAAAACCGCUGCAGCAUCAAGCCAGAGCAACACAUUUUCGUUUGGUCAGCUCAAAGCGAAGAGUAACGAUGUACACGCGGAGGACGAACAAGAUCACAGUUCCAGCGGCGGUGCUGUUGCCGAGCAGCGAUGGGGAACGGCUAAGGGCAAGGGCAAGGAAAAGGCGAAAGAUGAAAGUCAAGAUGAGGAACCGUCGAGAGAUGCUGGGUACAGCUGGGGAUCUGGCGGUCAACGGCUCGGCGAAUGA